GACUUCCACCCUGAAAACCACCCUUUUGCCAGUUUCUUUAUGUUUUCCGCACCAAAUAGCUGCAAACAGAUUGUUGGAUAAAAAUGCCUUCACAAGCAGCUGCUGGACUUGAACCCAACGAAGAACGUCCGCACUUUUUGUAUGUGAGUCCCGGAUUGAAUUUAUCCUGGCCUGAUAAAGACCGGAACAUUAGCUAUCGAAUUCCAUCAGGAACCUGGUGGCCCUGGUGCGACUAUUGGAAAGAACCGCAACACAUUCUCUACCAACUGGCCAAUGUUUGUUUCGUCUUGGCUUACUCCUCAACAUGUUCGAAGAAAGGCGUUCUUUUCAUGCACUGCUGGUUGAUUCUAGGUCUAAUGUUAUUUGCCACAUGGGCCUGGAACAUCAUUUGCGCCCCAGAUGUCUUCACCUGGAACUUUGCAUUCAUGCUAAUGAAUCUGGCCCAGGUUUUCCACAUUGUAUAUCAGCUGAGGCCAGUGAAGUUCGAUCCUGAGCUGGAGGAAGUCUAUCAUACAUUGUUUGAGCCGUUUAAGAUGAGCCGGCUGCAAUUUAAGAGAAUGGUCGGUCCAGAUUUUGCCCAAAUCAUGUCGUUGCAUGCUGGGGAAGCGUAUGCUGUGCAAAAUCUCACCAGGACUGAUCGACUGGGAUUGCUCCUUUCGGGAAAGGUCAACGUGUUAUCAGAUAAUCAGUUCCUACACCCGAUUCUUCCAUGUGAGUUUAUGGAUUCUCCCGAGUUUGAAUCCAGCCGCAAUACUGUUGAUGACAAAUUUAAGGUGGCAAUAGUUGCAGCUAGCACCUGCAGGUACCUCUACUGGCAAAGAUCCUGCUUGGAAUAUUUGUUUGUCAAAGAAACCUAUAUAGCAACAGUGCUGACCACGCUAAUUGCCAGAGACAUUACUACGAAACUGUAUGCAAUGAAUAAUAAAAUAGUGACUGCCAAAGGAUCACAUUUGGACAUAAGAUUGCCCAGCAUUACGUCGUCGUUGACUUCAGGAGGAGAAUAUAAAAGCCCCAUUAGGACGAAGAAAUUAAAUGGUGCAGUUUGCAUGUCAGCUGAAGCGUUUUGCAACGAAAGCCAGAAGAACAAACAAAAACAGUAUGACAAAUUGAAAGAAAACACAAAUCCUUCACAGAACUGUUACGUGAGCGAAAUGGAGCCCCUGACUGAGCUGCCUUCUUCUGACGAUCUCACCUCAAACGAUGUGGAAAGUUGGCUGGAAACGAGUUCGAAAUAUCACAGCUGUGAACUGGUUGACACCGAGUGAUGUUGUGAUAAUAACUAAGCAAAGUUUGUGAUAUAAUUCGAUGGGAAAGUUGGGGAUUUAUUGCUGGAAAAUGCCCCCAAGUUAGCAAGGGUAAAGAAUCGGCGCUUAACAUUUGUUUUAUAUUACUAUAAUAAAUAAAUAAACGUUUAACAAAG